GCUGCUGUCUCAGUGGGAUGUUUGUGGGUGCACUGUUACAACACAGCUUUUUCAUGCUGAUUUAGUGUCAGUUCAAUCAUGCCAGAAGCCAGUACUGCCCUGAGGUGUGUGGGACAGGAGCUCGCAGUACUCCUCUUCCUGGUUCUUACUCAGACACACACUGGGACUUUAGCUGCUGUUAGAGACACGGCAACUGGGACUCUGCCCCUUCGGACGCCGAGCGCGUGGAACGCCACGUGGACGGACCGUCUAAAGAAGGACCUGCUCUUCAGCUACGACAAGUACGCGAGGCCGGCACAGCACACCAACACAACGGUCGUCAGCCUGCACGUGACCUUCAGACACAUCGACCUGGAUGAAGAGAAGUCCAUUCUGACGGUGCAGGGCUGGGUAAGAAUGACCUGGACGGACGAGAAACUGAAGUGGAAUGAGAGCGACUACGGGGGUCUGAGCGUGCUUCACGUGGCAGACCACGAGGUCUGGCAGCCGGACAUCGUGCUGUACAACAGCGCGACUGGCAACGUGGUGGACCACUACGGAAACACGUACUGCGUCGCGUACCCCAAUGGGGAGGUGGUGUGGGUGCCUCCGUCGCAGUUCCAGGUGUUCUGCGACCUCGACCUGCGCACGUGGCCUUUCGACGUGCAGUCCUGCCACCUGACCCUGGGUUCCUGGACGUACGACGGGGACCACGUCGACAUUCACCUCGAUAAGCAGGGAUCGGAUGUCGAGGAACUGGAGACCAACUCGGAAUGGGAGCUCGUGGGAGUGGAGGAGACGCGCAACGUCAGGAUGUACGCGUGCUGCGUCGAGCCAUACAUCGACAUCACGUACAACCUGACUCUGAGAAGACGUUCCCCCACGUACAGCGCGAUCGUCAUCACCCCUGCCACGGUAAUCGUCUUGCUGACCUUGGCUAGUUUCUGGCUGCCGCCGACAGCGGGGGAGAAAAUCAUCCUGAACGGCUGCACGGCCAUCAUCAUCUGCAUAUUCCUCAUGUACUUCUCUCAGAAACUUCCCGCCAUGGCUGGACACACGCCUCUUGUAGUGCUCUUCUACAGCAGCAGUCUCUACAUGGUCUGCGUCGCCACCAUUCUGUCCGUGGUAGUGGUGAACCUGGCUUGCAACCACCACGCCACCCCGCUGCCCUGGCUGAUCAAGAACCUGCUGACCGGCUGGAUGGGUCAGGUGCUGUGCCUGGGGUACCUCGUCGACCAGGCGUCGUCCAUGCGUCACAACAUGUCGUCUGCAAACGCCGAGGAGCUGAGAGACCAGCAGGCCGUCGCAUUCGACGACCACGAUCACAUGGUUAACAGCAGCGACGAUCGGCAGAUGAUCACACCUCAGCGGGCUCGCGUUUCGUCGCAACAUGACUGGGUGGUGCUGGCAGCCGCCAUAGACAGGAUCGCCUUCCUCGUCUACUGUCUGCUCUUCACCAUCCUCGCCAUCGUGUACGCCGUCUAACCAUCUACUGUUUUGUUGACAUCACAGCGCCACCGUAUAUUUACCUUCUUACUCAGUUACAGUCUUCAGAAAGCCAUUUCAUCCCUUGGGGUCAAAUUAUUGCCUUCGUUCUUCAUACAUGGCACGUCCAUGUUCUGCAUGUUAACCCAGCUUACUAUUCCAAUAAAAUUCGGCGUAUGAAUAACAAUCUCAGUCGUAGUCAUGGCGACAACCAGAGCCACUCCACGUACUCCACGAACCCUGACCUCAGCUUUACAGAACGUUACGCACUUAAAUUAAAAUAGGCCACAUGUGAAGAAUAUUUUCGCCACGAGGGCCGUCUCAGCUUUUAUAGACAUGUUAAUCGUUGUAUUAUGUGAAUAAAAACAGAUGUUUUCUGCAAAUGAA